CCCUCGGGACUGGCCACAGCGGACCGUCCACCGCACGCAGCCGUGACGUCAGAACCGCCUACCCAUCCCCUACCCCCACGCCUGCUGGACGCACCGCACACAGCGCACGCAGCAGUGUGCGGUGCCCGUGAACACCCCUCUCGGCCCUAGGGCUGUUCAUGGGUCCUGUGUGCGGUCGGACCGCACACAGCCUCCAAGCUCCACCCACUGCGUCCCUACGUCAGCCUUCCGUCACCGCACACAGCGAUCGCUGUGGCCGGUCGGGACUGGCCACAGCGGACCGUCCACCGCACGCAGCCGUGACGCCCGACUGGAAAAAAUGCACGAUACCGUGAAUGCACGCUUUCGUCGAGAACUCGAGCGUAGUUGGGCGUUUGCGCCGAAAAUUUUCGGCGUACUUCGGCGUAAAUCGACGGCUUGCGCCGAAAUUUUCGGCGUACUUCGGCGUAAAUCGCGAAAAAAAACGUCCGGGGGGUGGCACCAACCCCCCCUCGGCCGGCGAGGGUUAAAUGUCUUCGGGAGUUAAACAUCUUAAAUAUCACUUAUCUUGUCUCGUGUUCGUCUCAGGGUAUUUAAGUCAUGUUCAGUGAACCUGAUUGCGACUCUCCCACGGCGGGAACAGUUUAACGAUCCAGAGUGAGGUUAUGGAUUGUCGGAUCCCCUAGUUCAGAUAACGUAUGCUAUCGUGUGCGUAUUGACCGUUGUGAUUCCAGUAUUUCCGGCGUGUGGUUUGUGAGCAGACGCUGGCAAUCGGUCCCGCGUGGCCUGGUAUCUGCCCGAUCCCAUCGGCCGUGCUUGCACCACGCCUGUUGAAGGCCCCGUCAGGCGUCAGUCACCGGCUGGGCACUACUGCUGAUCAGAGCUGGGCAACAAAAUAAAGGUAGUAUAUCCACCACCAUGGAAGAAUUACCUACAGAUUAUGAGGCCAUUGUUGUGGGGACAGGCCUGGUGGAGUCCAUUUAUGCUGCUGCUGCUGCACGUGUUGGCAAGUCAGUCCUUCACAUUGACAGGAACACCCACUACAGCGGCGAGUGGGCCGUGCUCGGCCUGACUGCCCUCCUCGACUGGGUGUCACAGCACGGCGAUGACGGAGCCGAAACCCCGCCGCCGGCACCCGCCGAGCCCGGCACCCGGCCACUGCGGCACAGACGGCUGGUGCACGGCGUGGUGCAGCGCUGGGCCAUUGAGGAGGGGGAAGCUGAGACUGAUGCGUCUCCGUUGCGGUGGAUGACCGACAAAAGCAGCGAUCCGCCGGUUCCAGCCGAGCCUGAGAGCGCCGAGACCUCCACCCAGGACCAGCCUCCGGCAGAUGGUGACCGAACAGUGACCUCGACUGUCCCUGAAACUGUGACGGACCAGCUCGGGGGGCAGGUGGACCAGGAUACCGGAGCCCCCGCCGCUCAGAGCUCUGAGGAGGAGGGAGCUCCCAAAGAGUCGCCGGAGACUGCGGAGGCGCCCUCCGCGUCCGUGGAGGAGCCCGGCUCGGAAGAUGCCGCUCCGGCUUCCCCGGAGGAGCCGGUUAAGGCACAGCCGGCUCCGAGGAAGAUCCCGGAGUGGACGAUUAACCGUAUGAAGAAACUCUCCCGGCGGUUUAACAUUGACCUGGCCCCGAAGGUUCUCUACAGCCGCGGCGCGCUGGUCGAGCUGCUCAUCUCUUCCAGUAUCGCCCGGUACGCCGAGUUCCGCUCGGUGGGCCAGCUGCUGACGCCGCUCGGAGGCCGCCUUCAGCCGGUGCCCAGCUCUCGGGCCGACGUGUUCACCACCAAGCACGUGUCGGUCGUCGAGAAACGGCUGCUCAUGAAGCUGCUCAGCUUCUGCGCCGAACUGGAGAAACACCCAGAGGAGUAUGCCGGGUUCGAGGAGAAACCGUUCAGCGAGUUCCUCAAGUCACGCCGUCUGACGCACAAUCUCACACACCACGUGACCCACGCCAUUGCCAUGGUAACGCCCGAGACGCCGACGCUCGAGGCGUUGCGUUCCACGCAGAAGUUUCUGCUCAGCCUCGGUCGCUAUGGCAACACACCGUUCCUGUGGCCUAUGUACGGUAGUGGAGAAAUUCCUCAGUGCUUCUGCAGACUGUGUGCGGUGUUUGGAGGCGUGUACCACCUGAGUCGCGGCGUCGAGGCCGUCACUGUCGACGAGGACGGAGCGCUGACGGGCGUCGUCUCGGACGGACAGCGGUUCACCUGCCGUCGGUUGGUGCUAGAAGACGCGUACCGACCGGAGACGGUGGAGGGCGGGGACGGCGUGUCGAGGGCGGUCGUCAUCACAGACGGUCCGCUGUACCCUCCGGCCGAUGACCAGGUACUGCUGAUCCGUCUACCCGCCUGUGACGACCAUCCCGGACCGGUGACCGUGCUACAGGCGGGACCGGCCGCCUCCGCCGCGCCCGCCGGACUCUACGUGAUCCACCUGACGUGCGCGGCGCGCGGCUCGGCGGAAGAGGACCUCGCUCCGGCCGUGGCACGUCUCCAGCAGCUCGCUGUCGCCUCCCAGGAGGACCCGGACGAGACUCCCGCUCCGGAGACGGCCCGGCCCAUCAGGGUGCUCUACUCGCUGUAUUUCAGCAGGCGGUGCGGCCGAGGUGCUAACGGGGAGGGACUGCCGGAUAAUGUGGCGUUCUGCAGCGGACCUGAUGACGCGAUUGGGUUUGAUGCUGCCGUGCAAGAGGCACGGGACCUGUUCACCGCCCACUUCCCUGGCGAGGAGUUCUUGCCGCGUGCGCCGGACCCAGAGGAGAUCAUCUUCUUUGACGAGCCCAACGAGUCUGUUGUGACGGGCGGCGCCCAGCCAACGGAGGCGGCACCGAGCGGCCAGGAGCCGGGUCCAGAGACGGCGGAGCCGGAGUCAGCCACUGGAGCUGGAGACCCAGGGGCAGCGCCGGCAGAGAAGGCUGAGACGGGAAUUGAGGUGGCUGUAGAGACAAAGGAAGAUAAGGGAGAAGAGCUGAAGGGUGCGAAAGAGGGCGAUGAAGAAGCGAAGGAGGCGGCAGUUGGGGAUGGGGCUCAGAUUGAAACCGCGUAGGGUUCGUUGUGGCUUAACGUCCUCUGGUUUACAUUUACACAUAUUUAUGGCUUUCUACCGUGCCACCGGCUAGCCGAAAACUCGGCAGAUGCUUUGUGUGUGCUACGUGCUGAGCUACAGAAAGUAUUCAAUUUCUCGGGCAUUUCCAGGCUGACAAUGUUCAUAUCUCACAGCAGUCAGCGGCCUACGCACCGCAUUUUGGAGCUAGGGCAGCGGGAGCACCAAGUCUUGGCCUGUCGUGAGGCUACCAACAAAAGUGUGCGACAUGAUGUGUUAUCAAGGAUUGUUCAAGUUCUAAUGUGUUCUGGCGGUAUCUGCACGAGUUGGGAGGAUAACAACUGACGAACUUGCGACAUUGUGGGAUAAGGCAGUGACAGAGUACUGCAUAAUGGGCAUGUCUGUAUUGUUUCAGCUGUAUGAUAUUUUCUCGCUUCACGUGUGCUACCGUCUACUAGAACGUGACUGGUGUUCAAUGAGUGGGUUUCCUGUCGAUGCGUUUCCUGCCGCUGUCUGUGAUAAGUGUGCCUGUGGGUGUUUAUUUUGUUGAUGUAUGAUCGUCAGCAACGGCACAUCAGGAUGAAUGCGUACGUUUCGCCAGAACUGAGCGCACCAUGGGCUAUUUGUAUGGAGCGGAAUAGAUAUUUGAGGGCACCCAACUACCUAUGCGGCCUGCGGGGUGUAUUUUAGUCAUCGAAAAUAGCUUCUAUCGGAAAUGAUAACGAGACUGCACUCUUUCAAUUUCUGUUGUGUUGAGCCAAAUGUGUUAAACCAAUUAUCAAUAUUCAAUAUUGCUGCGAAUGCCGCUUGUCUGUCGUCAAAGCCUGCACAUUUAAGGAUGUAGUAAUAUGAUAAGUGUGGUGAACUAUGGCAAACUGAAUAUGUUGCAGUGCACUGUGUAAUACAUGUAAUCACUCACCGUC